AAGCCCGUAGCUACUUGCAUAUCAUCGGCCACGCGCAUUAUUUCCUUUAUCAACAGUUUGCGUGACUCUAUCCUCGUUCUGGGUGAGACUUGUGAAAAUAUACAUUUGUGAUAUUAUUACAUCAAGGAAAGUUGUCUGGCAACGCAAAGAUGUGGAAGUCAGUGGUGGGACACAACGUGAGCUUAAAGGUUGCAGAGGGGGACGACUGGGAAACCGACCCUGACUUUGAGAAUGAUGUGUCAGAACAGGAACAGAGAUGGGGGGCCAAGACCAUUGAGGGGUCUGGUCGAAAAGAACACAUCAGUGUAUCAGAGCUGAGACAGAAGGUGUCCCAGGAGCAUGAGGUGGGGAAGCAGAAGGAGCGAGCAGAGGCUCCCAAGGCCUCUUACGGUUACGGAGGGAAGUUUGGAGUGGAGAAAGACCGCAUGGACAAGGGGGCAGUGGGGCAUGGCUACGUGGCGCAGGUGGAGCAGCACUCAUCCCAGACCGAUGCAAAGAGAGGAUUCGGGGGGAAAUUUGGAGUGCAGAAAGACCGUGUGGAUAAGUCUGCCAUGGGUUUUGAUUACAAGGGAGAGGUGGAUCAGCAUACAUCUCAGAAAGACUAUUCAAAGGGUUUUGGAGGGAAGUUUGGGGUGGAGAAGGAGAAAGUGGACAAGGCUGCCUUGGGAUACGACUACAAGGGAGAGACCGAGAAGCACCAGUCUCAGAAAGACUAUUCAAAGGGUUUUGGAGGGAAGUUUGGGGUGGAGAAGGAGAAAGUGGACAAGGCUGCUUUAGGUUACGACUACAAGGGAGAGACAGAGAAGCAUGAGUCACAGAAAGACUAUGCCAAGGGCUUUGGGGGACGCUAUGGAGUCCAGACAGACCGCAUGGAUAAAAGUGCAGUGGCCUUCACAGACAUGGAAUCCCCUACCUCUGCCUAUGAGAAGACACUACCAUUGGAGGCUUCAAGUGCAGGGGCAGGCAACCUGAAGACUCGCUUUGAGAACUUGGCUCGGUCAUCAGACGAGGAGAACAGAAAGCGAGCGGAGGAGGAGAGAGCCAGGAGACAGGCUAGAGAGAAGAGAGAGCAGGAGGAGGCACGACGCAGACAACAGGAACAGAACAGCAGGGAGGAGGAAGCAGAGCAGCAUCAGCCUCCACCUGUUGAAGAGCAGAGACCUCCACCUGUUCCAGAGACCAACAGGAAGCCCCAACCACCACAGCUGCCCAUUGCCAGGGCAGUGCCUCAGAUACCAAGAGAUGAACCUGAGCUAGUGGAGGAAGAGGAGGAGGAGCCAGACUAUGACCAGCCCCCGUGCCUGCCCCCACGGUCAAGUGACCUGCUGGAGGCGGAGCCACCUCAGGAGCAGACCCCAUCAGAACCAGAGCAGGAGGAUGAGGGAGAGUAUGAGGAUAUCUCACCAAUACCUUUCCCAGAACCUGAUCCAGCUGUGGAUAAUGACUAUGAGGACCUGACAUGCGGUCAGACAGCAGUGGCAAUUUAUGACUACCAAGGAGAGGCAGAUGAUGAGAUCUCCUUCAACCCGGAUGAUGUCAUCACCAACAUAGAGAUGGUGGACGAAGGCUGGUGGAAGGGACACUGUCACGGACGCAUUGGACUUUUCCCUGCUACAUUCGUGAAAAUGAUGUAGUGAGCAUGCCUAUAGUCUCCAACACAGACAUAUACCUGAGUCCAUAGGACCUGUGGGUCUUUUCACAGGAUCAAUAUGCUGAUGUUCCCCCUAUCUGACAGGUAUAGUUUGAUUGUACCAUGGGAGCAUCUCAAAUGCAUACUCCUCUAUCCUAACUUUCUUAAUACCCAUUGGAGGAGGUCAGAGGGGAGGGACCUCUGGCUUUCUCAUCCUAUGGGUCUUGAGGUGAGAGGACACAAGGAGUAUACAAUUCAGAUUCUCCCCAUGUGUUUUCUAGUCAAUUGAUUUAUAUCUGGUCAGUAGUCAUGAUAUAUAAUGGAUAAGUCAUUGUGCUUCAUAUUGAUCAGGAUGGGAUGCAGCCCUUCCCCUUAUUAACGCUGAUUGCUAAAUGUUCCAGAAUAUCCUUAUACACUUGCAUUUCAAAGGAUUAUGUAAGUCAUCUAGCUAUGGAAUGUUUUGUUUAAAAACAGUAAUUAACUGCAGAGAAUUGUAUAUUGGCUAUUGAUGGAAUCCUUAACUUGAAUUACACAUUGUCAUACUUUGGAAAAGCAUAAUAUCUGAAACACCAGGUUAAAAAGGUUAUUUCUAGAAUCAACUGCAUGUAAUCAAUAAAAUGUCUUAAUGUACAGAAA